AUGGCAGACCCAGAACAAUACAACCCCACGCGAUUCGGCAUCUCGACACUGCCCCUGAACCACGAGCCUUACGGACCGAUCCUGCCAGAACGCCUCGCCGGGGCUAAUAAGGGGAAAGUCGCCGUGGUGACCGGCGCAGGGAGAGGAAUCGGCCGCGCCAUCUCCAUCGCGCUGGCCAACUCCGGCGCAAACCUCGCGCUUCUGGACAUCCUGGUCGACGAGCUCGAGGACACGAAACGCGCAUGCGAAAAGUACGACGGCGUGCGCGCCGAGGUCUAUCAAUGCGACAUCACGAGUGUCGAAACCGUGCGGCGCACGUUCGCGAGCAUCGCCGGGACCUUAGGACCCGUGGACAUCCUCGUGAACAACGCGGGCAUCGCCGUGGGCAGACUGGCCUUUGACGAAACGUUCGAGGGCUUCUGGAAGGCCAUCGAGGUCAACUUCAAGGGCACCAUGCUUUGCGUGUACGAGGUGUUGCGCGGCAUGAAGGAACGCAAGUCCGGGUGCAUUGUCAACAUGGCGUCCCGGGCCGCGACGGUCGAUAUGGCCGGUGGGCUUAGCUAUAAUUCGAGCAAAGCGGCGGUCGCGCGGGCCACGCACAGUUUGCAGGAGGAGUUUGAGCAGGCUGGGCUGGGGGAGCAGUUGCAUACGUAUUGUUUGCAUCCCGGCGGGGUGUGGGGGAAGAUGGUCACUGAGAACACGACACCCGAAGUCCAGGCCCAGAUCAGAUCGAUCUUCAAGGAUGUGCCUGAGCUGUGUGCGAAUACGGUGGCAUAUCUUGCUGCGGGGCGCGCGAAGGCGUUGCGAGGAUGUUACUUUGACUGUAGACAGGAUGUGGAGCGGGUGUGCAGCUUCGGCAGGGAGACGCUGGACAAGUACGAGCUGUACAAGCUGGGGGUGAUGUUCUUGCCUGGGUAUCAGAACGAGCCUUGA